AUGUCUCAGAAGAACAGAUGUGCCAAGGACCAGGCGUCCCGGGAGGCCCCGGACAAGGACGUGACCUUCACAGCCUCCGGCUCCCGGGCCAAUGAGAAGAAACCAGGCCAGAGGCGAAGUCCCCCCAACGUCCGGGUGGAGGAGCUGAUGCAGGCUCACUUGCCCCUGAAGCUGGCCGGUAUGGCCUCCCACCUGGCCCAGUAUGCCCACCUGGCCGCUGAGCUGACUGCUGCCAUCCGGGACCCAGUUAAGGCUGUCAGCCCGCCCCGUUACAAGCAAGUGUGCUCCGUCAGCAUGGGGAGCCAGGGGCAGGAUGAUGCAGUGGCCUCCAGCCAGAGCCUGUGGGAUCCACGUGCAGACAGCUUUGCCACCUCCCACUCUGUGAACCCCACGCUCUUCUGUGUGGCCCUGGUCCACGCCAUCUACUUAGAGUGA